GCCCCAGGAGGCCCCGAGAGGCUCCAGAGCGUUCCCGGGAUGCUCCAGAAGCUCUCCGUAGCCGUUUUAGCUCAAGCUGUCUGCGGCUCCGUGCGAUGGCGGCCGCAGCCCUCCCGCCCCGCUCCCCACGGAGCGCCUGGAAGCGCUUGGGAGCGCCUGGGUUGAAGUCCUGGGAGCGCCUGGGAGCGCUUGGGAGCGCCUGGGAGCGCCUGGGAGCGCCGGGGAGCGCCUGGGAGCUCCGGGGAGCGCUUGGGAGCAGGAGCCCCCCGGGGAGCCCGCCAGGAGCUCCCUAGGAGGCAGCGCCCGGCGGCUGCGGCGGCAGCUGACGCCCCCGCGCGGCGCGGGCCGCCGCAGCCUGGGCCGCGCGGCCUCCGGGGAGCCUGGAGGCGCAGCGUGCCGGGGCGACCGUCGGCCGCGGCGCUGCGGCCCCCGCAGAGGCGGCUGCCGGGGGAGGCGGCGCUGGCGGCGCUGGCGGCGGGCGUUGGGCGGCCGGUGGCUGCACAGAAUCGGCAUCACCCUAACAUACUUAUACUAUAUGUGCUUCGCCCCCCCGGAGGCGACGCGCGCACCGAGAAAUCUUAUAGUAUAUGCGUCGUGGGGGGCGCUUUCUGGCCACACCGCUCGGGAAGCGAUAUACUACAAGAUGGGUAUACUACAUGUUCGGGUCGGACGCGCGCCUCCAAGGAGGACAUACAGUACUAGUAUGUCUUUGUGCUUCCCACAGAAGGACCGCGCGGCCCCGCGCAGCCAGAUGGCCCGGCGAGGUCGCGGCGGGCCGGGGCGGCGCUGAGGAAGUGGGCGCCGAGGAGGCCGCCGAGGCCGGCCUCGGCGGCGGGGAGCCCGGGGCGCCGCCCAGCAGCCCGGCCGCCGAGGGCGAGGAGGGCGCCGAGGAGAGCGACAGCCGUGCACGCUGCUCCUCCUCCGCGUCCUCCUCCCGCUCCUCGGCCGUGGACGGGGCUCGCUGUUCCUCGGGCCCCUCCGCGGCCCGUCUCGGCACCCCAGGCGGCUGCGGGAUUGGCUGAGGCGGUUCUCCGCCCCUCCUCGUCCUCGUCCGCCGCCGCGUGCUGCGAGCUGGUGGCGACAGAGCCGCGCGGGCGCCGCCCUCUCCUCGUGCUCCUCCUCCUCGGCCUCCUCGCGGUCCCGCGGGUCUGUCUGCUCUCAGGCGACCAUUUUUUUUUGUUUUGCGCGCUGAAGCCCCCAAAAUUUCGAGGGCACGCACAGGCGCUGUCAGCGGCUGCUCGUCGACGUCGGGCCGUGCGCGCGCGUUGUGGAGCCGCCGUGGCACAUGGGUGCGCGCGCGCUCCCGGUGUCAUGGCCAGCCACUGGUGACACGAUUUUAAUUGUUUAAAGGUGGUACGACAUGUUUUAUGAUGUUCCAACCUACUUACGGACAUGCCCGACUUAAUGCUUAUAUGAACACUUCAGUCUCUACGUGGGCCUGCAGGCCUCGGGUGGGCGGCAGCGGCGCGAGCGCCCAUGGGGCCCGGCGGCGCCAAAUGCGGUGUCAGUCUGGGCAGGGAAGGGUGUGCGAGCGAGUCUCGACCUGGUGCUAUCAUGUCGGGCAUCGCUCCUUCUCCCCACCCCCCUACUCCAUGUACAUAGACUUGCGGAAACGUAAGGGACCAUUGCCUCUAGAGAUGCGCCCCUGUCUAGAGGGGAACGAGUCGAAUCAGCGCUGGCCGAUGCACCCCUUGCACGUUCUGAUA